GCCUUUCCUUCCAUUUCGCCCCUUGCCUCCCUCCUCUCCUCUCCUCUCUUCUCUUCUCCCCUGCGAAACCGGCAGCACUCGCAAGGGUGUUCAGGAGCUGGUGGCUUCGUCUCGGUGGCGCACGCUCUCGCCUCCUCCUGCUGCUGCUGCUGCUUGAUUCGUGCUCGUGGUGAAGAGCCGCUAUCAGACUCGGUGGCUGUGGUUCUGCUGGUUCAGAAAUCCUGAGAUGGCUCGUUUCCAGGCGAGGAGCAAUCAAAGGCCGGCUGCAGAUCACGUCGGCCACAGAGACUUCAUGGAUCAUCUGAAGAACACCCUGAGCUCCGGCGACAUGGACUUGCCAGGAGGAGCACGGGCCCCUAAGGCACGCAAGCCAUACACGAUAUCCAAGCAGAGGGAGAAAUGGACCGAGGACGAGCACAAGCUCUUCUUGGAGGCCCUGCAGCAGCACGGCCGUGCCUGGCGCCGUAUACAAGAGCACAUAGGCAGCAAGACUGCCGUGCAGAUCAGGAGCCACGCCCAGAAGUUCUUCUCCAAGGUCAUCCGAGAAUCCUCUGGGGACAACAGCAACAACAGCGUAGGUGCUCCACCGCAACUUCAGAUUCCGCCGCCGAGGCCGAAGAGGAGGCCGACGCACCCGUACCCGCGCAAGCUGGGUAAUUCAGUAGGCAAGGAUGCCUCUGCUGCAAUCAAGCAGCUUCGGAAGCCCCAGUUGCAGGCGCAGUCCCUGUCUGAGCAGGAGAACUGCUCCCCAAAAUCUGUGUUGACCACAGCACAGAUGUGCUCUGAGGCCCUGCCAGCUGAAGGCAGUGGAUCACCGGCUUCCUCCGUUCACAUGGAGGACAAAUGCCUCACACCAAACACGUCAGUCGGGGAGUCAAGUGUGCAAGUGGCACUCUCCACGGAUUCCAACGACGCGGCCUGUGAGAUACCCGAAGCCGAAGGUCCGGUUCUUAGGCUAUUUGGCAAGAGGGUUGUGGUUAGUAAUUUAGACCAGCAGCCAAGCUCCAAUACUGGGAGCCUACAACACGCGGCGGACAUGGAACUGGAUGAUGCUUCAGCCGAGACACCAACCAGUGGAACUGGGAAGCUGUCUUCCCAUGCCGCAGAAGAAGCGGAGACAUGGUGCCCGUGGCUGGUCGGUAGUACACAGCAGUUUCUGUACUAUCUCCCUCGGGGAGAGGUGUUCUCUAUGCAUCCUGGUUGCCAGUUCCUAAACUACGGUAACGGAAGCAUAUCCUACACAGCGUUGGACGCACAGACAGUUACCUCAAACAAGCAGCGGAGCCGGCCAUGGACGGAGUCGAUCGAAACCUCCAGCAGCGUGCCUGGAACAGCUCAGAAUUCAGAUCCUGCAGAAUCUACGAAAGUAAACAGAGGUGAAGACAAAGUGGCUGUACCCGUUCCAGGUUCAAGGAAAUGCGCGGGCGCAAUUCCAGCCUGCCGUCGAGGUUUUGUACCGUACAAGAAGUGCACAGCUCGGAGCAAGGUGCUGCAGCCGGUGGCACCUGGCGAGGAGGCAGAUAGAGAGCUGACAAGGCUGUGCCUGUAGAAUUCUGGGCCCUUGCCACCCACCUCUACUCUGUGGAUAAUUUUUGCUGCUACUCGAACACAUAUGACUAGUACAGUACAGCAGUGCAGUACUGAUGUUUUGCAGGAAGACCAUUCUGGUUCUCUGCUGCUACUUAUGAGAGGCGGAUUGGAACUGAAGCAGCCUUCCACAAAUGGAGGCGACUGUGGGUUCCUGUCUGCCAUUGUAUAGUUCGGGACUAGUGUUUCCAUUUUCAUCUCGAGUGUUGUAAUUUUCCCCUAGCUGUGCAGGUUCAGAGGUCAAUGGUUGUCAUGUGCUGUAGCAAGUAAUGUAAUAGUUGUAGUAGAAGACCACCUUGUAUGAGCUAUAUAUAAUUAUAUAUGUAAAUUA